AUGCCAUCUUUAGAAGAUCUUACAAAGCAAUUGAAGUCAGCUUUUGACUCUAAACAUUAUGAAAAAUCAGAAGAAUUGUUAUCGCCAAUUAAAAUCCUUUUAAUUCAAAAUGAAUUAUUAAUUCCAAAUUUUAAAAGAACAUCAGAUCCACAUUAUGUUGAAGAUUUAGUUAUAUCAAGAUCAGUUUUAGAAAUUGGUGCAUUAUCAGCUAUUAAUUUACAAAAUUUUGAUAAAUUUGAAAAUUAUUUACAACAAUUAAAAGUUUUUUAUUUUAAUACAGUUAAUAAUGAACAAUUAUCAAAAUCUAUAAACAAGAGUAAAUUAAUAAGUUUAUAUUUAUUAUUAUUAUUAGCUAAAGGUGAUGUUGUUAAAUUCCAUACAGAAUUAGAAUUCUUGGGUAAUCAUUUGAAAAACAUUGAAAAUGAUUUAUAUUUAAGUUAUCCAAUAAAGAUUGAAAACUGGUUAUUAGAAGGUUAUUAUGAUAAAGCAUGGGAAUUAAUAUCAAAUACAAAUUCUGAAGAAAAAGUUAAAUUAAAAGAAUUUAAUAUUUUCAAUGAAACUUUAUUAUUAGCAAUUAGAUUUGAAAUUUCAAGAUCAAUUGAAAAAACUUAUAAAGAAUUACCUUUUGUAAAUGCCAAAUAUUUAUUAUUUUUAAAUAAUGAAAAAGAAGUUGAAAAUUUUGCAAAAGAUCAAGAAUGGAAUUUUAAAAAUGGAGUUUUAUAUUUUAAUAAUAAUUUAAAAGAAUCAAAAUUUGCUAUUGGUGAAGAAGAUGAUGAUGAUUUGAAAUUGAAUAAUAGUGAAAAACUAGUGAAGAAUACUUUAAACUAUGCUAGAGAAAUUGAUUCAAUCAUCUAG